UCAGGAGAUCUCAUGAAGAGAUACUGAGCUGACGACUAGGUGGGCUCUUUUCUCCAAAUCAAAUUCGCUGGAUAUGGUGUGAUUUUAAAAGCAGGACCCAUAUUUAAGAAGAAGCAUUUAAGAAGAGGCCUGGAAAGCAGCCCAUCUUGAUCAAGAAUGGCAGGAAAUCCUACAAAAUGUUCAAAUAUUAACAUACCACAAACUGUUCUCUCAUUAUGCAUCUUAAUUGUCCAGAUUGGUGCAUUUUCUUUACAGAACUGCACAGUUCAAGAUGAGACUUUCCAGUUGAAAGUUCUAUGCUACAAAAUGGGCUUCUUUAAGGUUCCUGCAGAUAUUCCCAACAAGGUCAAGUAUUUAGACAUUUCCUUCAACUCCAUUUCAGAAAUCCAAGUCAAAGACUUUGAGGAUAUUUGGAACUUGAGUCAUCUGAACUCAUCAAACAACCACAUCUCAAACAUUCAAGACGGUACAUCUCAACAUUUUCCCAAUUUGACCAAUCUUAACCUGGCCCACAACAGGCUGAAAAAGCUAUCAGGAGGUCUGCUGCAGGGACUAACCAAGUUGCAGGUGCUCCGCCUUGAUGAUAAUGCAAUUGAAAGUAUUGACCCACAUGCUUUUAACACUCUUUCCAGUUUAAAGGUGUUGAACCUCACAAAAAAUAAGCUCAAGCAGAUUCACAGAGUCCAACCUGUGCUUGCAUCACCAAGUUUAAAGGAAUUAUUGGUUGGAAGUAACAGGUUUGACACAUUUAACUCAUAUGACCUGUCAAGGAGAUCACUGACUGUGACAAAAAUGGAUUUUUCUAACAAUCCUUUGACUACCUUCCAAAUAACAGACAACAUUUUCCCUGUUCUAGACUACCUUGAUAUGUCAAACUGUGGUAAAAAUACAAGCAUGAUGUGGAACAUUACAGACAAGGCCUUCCUGAAUUCAGUAAGAACACUUAACUUGAGUGGGGUCGACAUUCCAGGAGAGAGCAUAACUGCAUUACUUCAGAACUCAUCUUGGGCUUCACUGAAUAAGCUAAGAUUAAAUGAAAUGAAGGGGGUGAAGGUAGAAGCUCUUCUACAGGCUGCAUGCUCACCUAAACUUAAUGUAUUACGCCUGAAGGGCAACAAAAUCUCAAAGCUGACCAAUUAUAUGUUUCAACACUGCUUCAACUUGACAGAGCUAGACUUGGCUACUAAUGAAAUAUCUAUUGUCUCUGCACCUGUAUUCAAAGGACUAACACAGCUGAGGAAACUGCAACUACAGCUCAAUAGAUUGUCCCAUGUCAACAAUUCCUUUCAGUUGAUCCCAACACUUGAGUUUAUAGACCUGAGUAGAAACAGAAUACAUAAGCUAAACUGUUCUGACUUUGCCAAUUUGACACUACUGACUCACCUCUACUUGUAUGGCAACAGAAUUUCGGAAAUUAGAUCCUGCCUGUUCAAAAAUUUGCAGCAUCUUGAAAUCCUAAAGCUGGGAACUAAUCAGUUACUGACUAUUGGCAGCACUUUCGAACAUGGCCCACAAUCUUUAAGGGAGCUACAACUGACAUACAAUAAGUUAAGUGCAGUCACAAAUGGAACGUUUAAGAGUUUGUCCAAUCUUAGAGUCUUGGACAUGUCUAACAAUCAGAUUUUCGAGAUUAAAGGCCAAGCUUUCUCAGGGCUUAUAAACUUAGCUAAACUGCUACUUUCUUCAAACAGGAUAACAGCGGACACGAUCAAAGAUCCAAAAGUGUUUUUAGGCAUGCCUAACUUAAAACUACUGGAGUUGUACAGCAAUUUCAUUAAAUAUAGAGAAACAACGUUGCACCUACCUCCUUUUGAACAUUUAAAGUCACUCAAAAUAAUGUCUAUUCAUAGUCAACGACGGGGUAUUGGCAAAAUACCUUCAAACCUACUUCAAGGUUUAACCUCCUUGAACAUGUUCUACGGUGGAAGCAUGAACCUUCAGUAUCUGCAUCCCGACACGUUUAACUCCACCCUUAAACUUUGGUUUCUGGAUCUCUCAAAGAAUGCAUUCGGAAAUGAGCAGUCAAUCUCUGCAGAAGUUUUCCAUCCUAUACAGCGGCUGACGAAGCUCAUCCUCAAAAGGUCUCAGCUUCAUUCCCUCAAUUUCCUGUUAGAUGCAAACCUCUCCAGACUGUCAGUCUUAAGAGCUUCUGAAAAUACACUAGAUGUCAUUAACAAGACACUGAUUCAGUCUCUGCCUCGGCUGAGGUACCUUGACCUGGAGAAAAAUACCUUCACUUGUGACUGUAGCAAUGCUUUCUUCAUUGACUGGGCUAUGAAAAAUAACACUACCCAGAUUGUCUACCUGAGCAAGUACGCUUGCAGCUACCCACCUUCACUAAGAGGCACGUACCUUGCAGACCUCAAUACUGACUCUUGUAACGUGAAUGUGGAUUUUAUCUGCUUUGUAUGCAGCUCUGCCGUUGUAAUCAUCACCCUUUUGGUCUCUUUCAUUUAUCACUUCCUGUACUGGCAAGUGAUCUAUGCAUACUACCUAUUCCUUGCCUUCCUGUAUGACAGCAAGAAGAAACAGAUGCGCCACCAACAUGAGUUCCAGUAUGAUGCCUUUAUUUCCUACAAUGCCCAAGAUGAACCUUGGGUUGUUGAGGAGCUAGUGCCCAAUCUGGAGGAUGAGCAGGGCUGGAGACUGUGUCUACAUUACAGGGACUUUGAGCCAGGAAGACCCAUCAUAGACAACAUCAUGGACGGAAUAUACAGCAGUCGUAAGACCAUUUGUUUGAUCACCCACAACUACUUGAGGAGCAACUGGUGUUCCAAAGAAAUUCAGAUGGCUAACUUCAGGCUUUUUAAUGAUCAGAAGGAUGUGUUGAUCCUGGUAUUCCUGGAGGAUAUUCCCACCUGCCAUUUGUCUCCUUAUUAUCAAAUGCGUAAGCUGGUGAAGAAGAAGACCUACCUUAAAUGGCCCAAACCUGGAGAUGAUGCCAGGAUCUUCUGGCAGAAAAUGAGACAGGCUUUAGAGACCAAGGAAGACCCAGACAAGCAGAACAUUAUUCUUUCUGGAGAAGAAUGUAGACUUACAUCAAGGAUUCUAUAAUAUGAAGGAAUAUUGAAGAGGAGUAACAAGAUGUAUGUCAGCAGCAUCUUACAGGCUUCUGCAUCUAAAGGGGGUCCAGAAGGAGCUGACCUGGUGUCUCUUCUUUAAACAGCAGGCCUCUAUGCUUUACGCCCCUGCUUUGACCUCUAUCGACCUCCAUCCUGGCUCCCUUUCUCUACACAGGUUAUAAUAACCGCUCUCUCUGUACUGCUGGAGAAUACAGAAGAAGACUGUCACCACUGACUGAACUACUUUCUUUUUUUUGCUGGGAAAUUCACAACAACCAGGUUCUCAAUUUUACAUUAUCUUUCAAAGGGACCACUAAUAACUUAAACUGCCUUUUGUUCUGACAUCUAUGUUCUACAAUAGCUAACUAAUGACAUUCUAAUGCACAGUAUUAUCGCUUGAUUAUUAGGACAAAUUGUUCAAACACCAGAAUGAGAGGGCUGAAUAUCGCUCAAGAGUUUUUUUUAUAGCCUAAAUGGAUCUACAUUGUCUAAAGGUCUAUAUGUGAGGCAUAUAGACACUUAAAAGAGAGUAAAAAUGUUUGUUGUUUUCAAUGAAUUUGCACUAUUUGUGCUUAUUUUUAGAGCUUCUUGACCUAUUCCUGCUGUGCUUCAGAAAAGAUUGGGAUUAAUUUUAGACUACACUUUUCAUUCAAUAGGGAGCCUCCAUUUAGAAUGCUGUAUAGUCCAGACUGUGUAGUCCAGCCUUAAUGCCUGUUCAGCUAACUGACCCCAUGAGUAGAAGCUGUUACUGUUCAACAAUCUGAUUGUUGAUUCCACAUCAUUUAUAUUUUUUAUAUUCCAAACUUUCUUAACUGUACAUGCAUUGUGCAUUAUUCAUGUUAUCCAUGACCACAUGUCUUUUUGAAUACUCACAAUAUUUCAGAAACUCCUAUUCACUGUCUGUCUCUCUUAGAGUGCCUUCUGACUGCUGACUGAACAGUUCAUUAUUGCAGACAUUCUGUUCUUCAGUAUUAACUCUGACAGGCAGAUCUUCCCCUUAAAUACAUUUGAGUGAUUGAAAACAGCAGCUAAUAAGAAGUGAGAAAACAAAGCAGUAAAUGAAUCAAAAUAAUGAGAAAAUACAGUAUAUUGUAUAUUUUAAGAUGCUUAAGAUGCUUUUUGAUAAUAGUAUGUUAAAGCAUGUAAUGUCAUUUAGUUUAUGUUGUUGUAUAAUUUAUUUUAGCCUAUUAUCUCUAUACUGUUCAUAUCAUACAUAAAUCAAUAAAAUACUAUGUAUUUAUGAUGUUUUAUUUUUGUGACAAUUUUGUUCAAUUUUCAAAAAACGGUGUAAUAAACACACCAAAUAUGCAUGAUACCAAAUACAAAUUCUGACAUGAACCCUAAA